GGAACAUCUAAUAAGAACAUGGAAAACGUAAAUGCAACAUUGUUGACAGAGUUUAUUCUCACAGGAUUUACAUAUCAACCAGAGUGGAAAAUCCCCCUUUUCCUGCUGUUCUUGGUCAUAUACAUCAUCACCAUGGUGGGGAACCUUGGUCUGAUUGUUCUCAUUUGGAAUGACCCUCACCUUCACAUCCCCAUGUACUUAUUCCUUGGGAAUUUAGCCUUUGUGGAUACGUUGAUGUCAUCCACAAUAACCCCGAAGAUGUUGGUCAACUUCUUAGCCAAGAGUAACACGAUCUCUCUCUCUGAAUGCAUGAUACAAUUUUUCUCCUUUGCAAUUGCUGUAACCACAGAAUGUUUCCUCUUGGCAGCAAUGGCAUAUGAUCGCUAUGUAGCCAUAUGCAAACCCUUACUUUAUCCCGUGAUUAUGACCAACAGACUAUGCAUCUGGCUGAUAUUCUUGUCAUUUCUGGGUGGUUUUGUUCAUGCUUUUAUUCAUGAAGGGUUUUUAUUUGGAUUAACCUUCUGUAAGUCCAACAGAAUACAUCACUUUUACUGUGACAUUGUCCCAUUGUUAAAGGUGUCCUGUGCUGAUACGUCUAUUAAUUUUUUAAUAAUUUUUAUUUUCUCUGGCUCAAUUCAAAUGUUUACCAUUACUAUUGUUCUUGUGUCUUAUUCAUUUGUUCUCUUUACAGUCUUAAGGAAGAGAUCUGUCAAAGGCAUAAAGAAAGCCUUCUCUACCUGUGGAGCCCAUCUCUUAUCUGUGUCUUUGUACUAUGGCCCCCUUUUUCUUAUGUAUGUGUUGCCUCGAUCAGCACAAGCAGAAGACAGAGAUAUGAUAGAUUCUUUAUUUUAUUUGGUCAUCAUUCCUUUGCUGAACCCAAUUAUCUAUAGUCUGAGAAAUAAGCAAGUCAUAAAUUCACUGACAAAAGAAUUAAGAAAAAAUACUUUGAUACUGUAG